GCCAUGUUGUAUUGGCGUGUUUUGCGGAUACCUGUCUGGCUCAGUCACCUAGGUUUACUGGUAAGUAAUUUACCUUAUAGCCAGUCUAUGUGCAGGAGUGUAGCGGAGUUGGUAACGUGGCAUUUGUUGUUCUCUCGAUCUCUCGGUUGUGUGUAUUAAAUAUUUUUGCUUCGCUAUGGAUCUUCUACUACAUUUGUGGUGCGUUUUUAUCGCGUUUUCACCUUGAAUUUCAUACCGUAAUGUUCUUAUUACCGAUUUAAAUACAUGUUCGGUUCGAUUAAAUAUUAAUACGCGUAUUAAUUGUGCGUUUUUUCAUCUCGAAAUUAUCGUAUUAUGUGGUGCAGUUGUGUAGUGUUUCAAGAUUAGAGUUCUUGUAUAGUUGUGUAGAAAGUGGCGCGAUUUUCGUACGAAUGUGUUCUCCGUUUGGUGGAUUGAGAUCUACUACGAUAUCAUCUGGUGUGCUGGAUUUGGAUUUGGAUUUAUAAUGCGUUGUAUUCAUCUGUACUUCUUCUUCUGCGGAAGCUUUGGCUGUAAAAUAUAAUGAGAAUCAAUCGGAUUGUUCGUAUACCGUAGUAUGGCAUGAAGGAACCAGGAUUUUUUGGUGAUUCGUUACCUGAAGGAGUGCCUCCGGAACUGACGGUGAGCGAAUUGGAAGAGAUGGCGUGCCGGCAACAGCAACAGAUAGACUCGCAACGGCAGCUACUCGCUGCCAAAGAGCAACGAUUACGCUUUCUGAAACAGCACGAAGCCAAACACCAGCAAGUAGCUAUCGAGCACGAACGUCUGCGAAGGUUACGCGAUCGCGUCGAAGCCCAGGAACAAAAGCUGCGAAAGUUGAGGCAACUUCGAGGUCAAGUGGAUCAAACUAAAUUGAACAAUGUUUCGCUCACUUCAGACUUGGAAUCAAUUAGAGCUUUAUUUAACGAAAAAGAAAAAGAAUUAUCGGUGGCUGUGGCUAAAGUGGAAGAAUUAACGUUGCAGCUAGAAGAAUUACAGCGUGGCAGGAAUUCUAAUUCGGCGCAGAUGCCUCCGUCGUCGGCAGCUGUUGAGCUGGAGAAAUUGAGAGCUGAAUUAUUGUAUCGAAAUAAGCUAAACGAACAACAGUCGGCUCGAUUAUCGCAUCAAAGAGAGGUGUUGGCUCAACGGCAAGAAGAAAUGUCAGCUAUCGAUAGAAGAAUAGCCGAACUACAGGGUAGACUGCAGAGGAAACGAUUGCUCAAUCAACAGUUAGCCAGUCAUAUCAGCAAACAAGGCAAUCAGAAUGUACCGCCUAAUCACCAGCAACAACCCCAAUUCCAGCCUAUAUUCCAGCAACCAGUUAGUCAGCAGCAGAACAAACAACAGGCGCAGAUCAAACAUCAGCAAGCGAUGCAGAUGCAGAAACAACCUCAGCAGAAAGUGCAACCAGCUCAGAAUCCAUAUGCUAUGUAUUAUCAGAUGAAUGCUUUAACCAAAAACGGCAACGCUACGAUGAACAAAAACACCACCUACCCCGGUAUGACGGCAGUACCAAAAACCACAUCGACAAUGGGACGACCAUUGACGAAUACGAAUAUAGCAGCCGUUGAGCCAUACCAUCACGUGCCAUCAUCAGCGAACAACCAUUACCAGCCGGCCCUAGACGUGAAACGAAACCAUCGUAAGGGCGACCAAUCACCACAUCAGCAACAGCAACAACAUCUGCAGCAGCAACAACAACAACUGCAACAGCACCAACAACACCAACAGUAUCAACAACAGCAGCAGCAUCAGCAACAACAGCACCAGCACCAGCAGCAUCAUCAUCAUCAGUUGACCAAUUCAUCAUCAUCAAAUUCGAUAUUGGAUGUUGCGAAUCACCAACGUAAUAAAUCAUCCUAUCAUCCGGUUCAUCAUAAUCAAAAAGAAAUCAAUUCGAUGACGUGUUCGAACGACCCAGAUCAACAACGUACCCAACCAUCGCAAUUCAGCUCAGAUGAUGAGCGAAGACAACAGCAUCAUCAUCAUCAACAACACCAGCACCAGCACCAGCAACAGCAGAUGAAUAACAAAUACAACAACGUCGAUAAUAAUAACUCGUCGGAUGGGUGUAAAUCGGACGACAGGGUAUUGGAAUUUUGGCCUAAUAAAUUCGACUCGAAAUACCAAACGUUACCGAGCGGUACGAAGUUUAGCGUCGCUUCUAGUACGACAAAUACCAAGUACAUUGUUCGCAGACCCGCCGAAGGAGUCGAAAGUCACGAUAGUAAUAAUCAGAAAUUAAAUAUACAAGAUAGUACUAGAAAAUACUCGGCCGAGGAUAAUUUCAAUAAUAAUGUCAAAGAUAGUCCGAAUAUUUCGACGAGCUUGAUCGAAGCGGCGGCCAAUGAUAAGAAUAAUAAUAAUAAUAAUAGUAGUAAUGCUGAUACCGUACAGCAGAAAAUUACGGCGACGAAUUCGAUCGGCGGCGCCGGUAACCAAUCGACGACCGGACAAAUGCAACAGACCAAUAUCGUACGCAGCAUACCAAUAUCUUCGAGUAACAAUAAAGGCUUAGCGACGCCGUUAUCCAAUAUCAAUUACUUAUCCAGAUCGACUACCUGUUCGACGGUCGGCAAUACUACGUCGAGGUCGUACGACUCUUCGAAUCAAUCACCAAAUGCUCAAAACGCCGAUACCAGUUCAUCUUCUGCUUCAGCAACGUCUUCAAGUACCGUCGUUACAUUCACCAGCACGUACCAGAAACCGGUGAGUAGCGUUUCGCCAAUUUAUCAAACAACGUCGACGCGAAUUCAACUCGUACAGCCUCAAAUUGUCGGACCGUUCGCAUCGGCUGCCGGUCACGAAUACCGUAAAAAUUACCUUCAAAAUGUGAAUAACGCGAUAUCAGAUAAUCAAACCCUGAAACCAGCUUUACCACCGAAACCAGCUCCACCGGUCAAAGCUACCCCUCCACCUCCACCAAGACAAAGUGCUUUCCAUACGCAGUUCACGUCGCAAACGGAGGGUAGUAAAUCUGAAGCGAGAACGUAUUUCGGUGCAGAUUUCGGUCGAAGGAACGAAAAUGCCUCAGAUAACCAUUCGUCGUCUGGUUCUGAUAAGGAGCAGUCGGACAAACGACAUUAUUCCAAAGCAAACGUCGAUCUGGCCAAUGAUCUGGCGAAUUUAAAUAUGACGAGAAACGACUCGUCGAAAAAAUCCGAAUCACCUCCCCCGCUACCCAGCGUCGAACCUCCAUCCGACGACGAAAUAGACAGAUCUACGAUGAAGCUGAAAACCAUCUACGUACAGAACAGCACGACCAAUAAUCGUAACAAGGAUAUGAACAGGGUACACCUCGGAUCAAUUAGCGAUCGACUGAUGUCGGAUUUAAGUCAAGAUUCCAGCUCCAGCGAUACCAGCAGCGCUGAAAACAAUUAUUUCGUCGGCACGAAUCGACGAAUCGAACUACCACCGGCCUACCUGUUCCCUGAGAAUGAAACUCCACCGAGAGAUUUGGUCAGUUCGAAUUCGGAAAAGGAUGUGGAAAGUUCGGAUGAUGCGGAUCAUAGGAAUAUCAUAUUGAAUAUCAAAAAUUCGUCUGACGUUGGUGCUGAUAAUAGCUCAGAUGAUAAAUUUAGUCCGAUUAGUUCGUCGCCCGAUUCGGAAAAUACCGAUAAGAUCGUUAGUGAUAAGGAAUUACAGUAUUCUGAUGAUAUUAAGAAGAUAAAAAAAGGAAACUUGAAGAACACGAAUAGCGUAAACAGCAAAAGGAGAGUAUCGUUCGAUCCGUUAGCGUUGCUUUUAGACGCGUCUCUCGAAGGUGAAUUGGAACUGGUCAAAAGAACGGCGAGCCAAGUGAAAAAUCCUAGCGCAGCUAACGACGAAGGAAUUACCGCCUUACAUAAUGCCAUAUGCGCUGGUCACUUUGAAAUUGUACAAUUCUUAGUGGAGUUUGGCUGUGAUGUCAACGCUCAAGACUCUGAUGGAUGGACACCAUUACAUUGUGCAGCAAGUUGCAACAAUUUACCAAUGGUGCGAUUCCUCGUCGAACAUGGAGCUUGUAUUUUCGCUACUACUCUUUCCGAUCAAGAGACCGCAGCUGAGAAAUGCGAAGAAGAUGAGGAAGGAUUUGACGGAUGUUCGGAAUUUCUAUAUAGUGUUCAAGAAAAACUAGGCAUUUUGAACAACGGCAUCGUAUACGCGGUAUUUGAUUACGAAGCUCAUAAUCCGGAUGAAUUGAAUUUUAAAGAAGGAGAUCGUUUGACUGUUCUACGUAAAGGCGACGAAUGGGAAAGAGAAUGGUGGUGGUCGCGUUUGAACGAUAAAGAAGGAUAUAUUCCUAGGAAUUUACUAGGGUUGUACCCGAGAAUACAUCCGAAUACUAAUAAAAUUCAGGAUUAACGAAGAGCCUGCGGAGGACAAACGUGUGAUAUUUUUCAACCAUAUUGUUGGUCAGAUGAUCCGCCAACAGAAGAGAACCCAGUGAAUUUGGAAUUUCAUCUCAUCUCGUAUUGUUUAUUUUUUAUUUUCAUCUUGUGCGCGAAUAUUGUAACCGAUACUACCAGUGGUGUAAAUUACGGUACGCUAUGGUGGUGUUUUAUGGCGUGUAAUUUUUUUCCAUUUUUUUUUCUUCUUUCUCGGAGACAAACGUACAUAAAAGUUGUUCUAUCUCAGGUAUAUAUUUGUUUAAGGGGAGAAAUUUCGAUUUGAGAUUAUUAUAGGUUAUACGAUGAGACGAGAAACGCAGGUAGCGUGUUUCAAAUAAAAACUCGUUAGGCGGCGAGAAUAUCUUGGCAAAGUUUUCGUUUUGAUAAACUUAACACACUUGAGUUUCCAUCAAGUUAAAAUUACCGUGUCCGGGUAGGUAAGGUAUGGCACGUUGUACUCAAAUUUUAUCCAACUUUGGGCAUCACCGAGAGAAAGAGGUGUCUUUUGAAAAUCGCAACUUUCCGGCGACUAGAUCGCUGCAGCCUUUGGAUGUGGAAAGCAUAUCGAUGAUAGUUGCGAACAAGUUUCAAGUCACGUAUCGAUCAUACGAAAAAAGAGCCUGUUCGUUUUGAAAGCAAAAUACAUACAUAUUUUUCUCUCGAUGUCGAUAUAUGAGAAAAGUUUUUCCAGCCAGUUUUCCGAAUUAUUAGGUAAAUUAUUGUUGUUGUUUUUUUUUCAAUUACGAAUUCGGAGAUGAGUUAAUCAAAAAAUGAAAAAAAAAAAUGUACGCAGAAUUUGGGCGUUUUUUUAAAGCAUCUGUGAUCAUACGUCCAAUCCGAUUGAAAUUUUUUGGCAAUUUUUAUUCGCAUAUCUCGUAUCUUGAUAAUUUUCACCGCUUUUUUAUGGUUAUUUUUUUUUAUUACGAGCGCGUACUUACAAUUAUAAGGAAACAAAAAGUAAUAUCGACUGCAAUUAUUACGCAAUAACAGUAAUGGAAGUUACCAUUGUUAUAAAUUAAAAUGCAGUAUUAUGUUUUACACGUAAUAAUUAUUUAUUUUACUGUUCUAUUUUUUCGUUUCACUUUUUUUUCCUUUUUUUCUCUCUUUCUGUGCGUGUGUGAAAAUGAAAAAAUCAAUUUAGAAUUUUUGACGAGAGCGAUUUUUUUCUAAAUGAAUGGAUUAUAUUUUUAUAUCACUCGUUUGCACAUUUUACAAACACGUAAUGUAUUCUUUUUUUAAUACUUAUGCAAAUCGAUA